AUGUGCCUCCGGAAGGUUCCGGCUGCUCUGGCCGCCAUAGAGGCCUGGGACGAGCAGAUCGCAGAGGAAGAAGGCAAUAGGUUCAAAUGGGAAUCAUCCAAGGCGUCAACGGAACUAUACGGACAACUUGAGGGCUUUGGUGCGACAGGUCUCGGCUGGAAGCCGUUGAAACUGGUCGUCCGGGCACAUGCUUUGUCUCUCCUGGCCGGAGCUGUAUCAGAGGGAUUGUUUGAGCCUCCAUUUGUACGACUGCUAGCGGAGCUUUGCAUCAGUCUCGAGUCCAGCGAAGAAGCCGCGCGGCUCGUAUCAAGUCUCGAUUGCCCCCUGGCGGCGCCUCGCAGCUCAUCAAGCACCCUUGUGGAAAGCAACACAGUUCAGCCACUGGGCGUCAUAGUCAAGAGCCUGCAUAACCAACGCUCAUUCGGUGCAGCCUUUGAGUGCCUCUCAAGUCUUGUCCGCACUAAAAAGCUAUCGCUGAGUUGGUUGACAUCAAGGGCAUUUCAAGUUGUCUGGACUCGAGGCAUCGAGGUUCUGAAUAGCAGCAGCCCAGCACCCUCAGCGAUCGACUUUAUCUGUACGGCCAUCGACCAACUAGCGUCACACGAGGGCAAGAAAUCAGGGGCAGAGAAAAAUCCAGAAGAGCAGACCUUGGUGAGUGUCCUUGCUGCACUGACAGCGGCAGCAUGGACACUGGGUACCGAGAUGUGCGACACUACAGGACCGUGGAGGAAACAAGGUGCUCGACGGAUGUUACACGUGCUCGAGUGUUGCGUGGUUCAGCAACAGAAACGUCGUGGAGCGUUUCGAAGCAACGGUCUCUUUACCCUCGCUCUAGCACGAUUCAUUGCUACGGCCAUGAUCGACAGCGAUGUCAUCGAUCUGACAGCGAAACAACAAGCGAGUCAGGAGUGCUCCAGAUUGUUGACAGUUGGAAACGGAACGCCGUCCCGAUGGCAAUACCGACAAACACUCCUGAUGGCCUGCUUCGUUGCGCAAUAUCGGGGAAGAGCAUGUGCACUAGCGUGUCACGAUGUCUUAUCGGAGAUC